AUGGCUCCAGUUAUCAAACUUCAACGAUUGAUGAAUUCCUUAGGAGAUGAAGCAAGACGUCCGAUACAAACCAUCAGCGUGAUCGGAGACAACUUUACAACGGCAUGGGAAACGCUGUGCCAAAAAUUUGAUAAUCCACCCCUACAAUUCCGCCUGCAAAUGAAAACUCUAGUCAACAUGCCUUCAUCCAGCAAGGAAUCAGCAGCACACCUUAGCGGAUUGCUAAGUACAGUUUCAGAAAGCAUCAGCAGCUUCACCGCUCUAGGUAGAUUAGUCAAACAAUGGGACGAUGUGAUUAUAUUCUUCAUCACUACCAAGAUUUCUGAACUCACUCGAUUGGAUUGGAUCAAGUAUAUUUCUACGGAGAAGCUUGGCAAUUUCCCUACAUUCAAACAGUUAGAAACUUUCCUGAAGGAGCGGAUUCGUUCUUUGGAGUUGGCUCACUCAAGUCUCGAGAAAGCUCCAGCUAAGCCGCCAAAUACGAACAACAUCGAUACAUCGAAGCAACGGCCGUAUAAAAAACAUGGAAAACCUUCAUCAACGGUAUCGUAUUUUAAUAAUUCAACAAAAAGGGAAAAGUGCUGGGUCAAAGGUAGAUGCCGCAAAUGUGGCAACAAGCAUCAUUCACAACUUCAUGAAGUUUAUUCAACCAUGGAGAAGGAUAACUCACGCCCAAAUAAAAGUACUCAACCGCCUGCCAAGGACGGACGUGCUGGUAAUUCUUCGGAUCAAUCGUCGACUUACUGCACCAUGGGGCAUGUGGACCAAUGCAUGCCCUCACCUGCUUCAGUAUUUGUGAGGAGAAAAGGAUUUUUAGCUACAGGUAUCCUCACCUUCCGGUCACCUCAAGGCCAUCGAAUGGAAGUUCGAGCACUUCUGGAUACAUGCUCAGAAGACUGCUUUUUCAGCGAGCACAUGGUGCAGACUUUGUCACUUCAUCGUCAACAAACUUCAGUCAUUUGCUACGGCGUUGGCGACCAAACAACCUCUGUGGCUGAUGCUCUUGCUACAGCUUACUUAUACUCUGAUCCGUUUCCAGACUUUUCAUUGGCUGUUACCGGGCUGAUACUCAAAAAGGUGGCUGGCACCACUCCAAAUCAGCACAUCUCCACGGCAACGUGGCAUCAUCUCAAGGGUUUGAAACUGGCCGACCCUGCCUUCAAUGUUCCUGGUCGUGUCGAUUGCAUUCUCAACACCGAAGUCUUCGCUGCGAUCUUACGCAAUCGCAUCAAGAAAGGCCUACCAGCCCAGCCUGCAGCUCUGGAAACAAUCUUCGGAUGGGUCGUCAUCGGAGCUGAACAAGCUUUUUCGAAGGCCAGCUCACGCACCAAGGUUCUGCGCACUGUGACCGCAACUGCAGAGGCAUCAGAGCUUUCGCAAGCUCUCACAAAAUUCUGGGAACUAGAAGAAGUUCCUCCUGCUGUUCAUCUUUCACCAGACGAGGAGGCGUGCUACGACCACUUCAAGAAGACGCAUACGAGGAACGAACAAGGUCGUUUCGUUCUUCGGCUUCCAUUCAAGGAGGCUCCGACCUUGCCUGACUCCAAGGCAGUAGCAGAAACUUGUCCCAAUCGUCAGAUUCGACGCUUCAAAAAGAACCCACAGGUGGGAGAAGCAUACUCAACUUUCAUGCAGGAAUACUCUGAUUUAAGACACAUGGAGGUAGUUCCAGAGGAUGAGGCAACAAAUCCAAUUUCCGGUUAUAUUCCACAUCAUUGUGUUUUUAAGCUCUCGAAAAUUCGAGUUGUGUUUAAUGGAUCACAACGUUAUUCUAAUGGUAGAUCAUUAAAUUCCUACUUACAUAUUGGGCCAAAAUUACAAGAGGAUGUCCUCAUUAUUAUUCUGCGAUGGUCAUUUUUUCCAAUUGUACUCACUUGCGAUGUAGUUAAAAUGUUUCGUCAAUUUUUAGUGCAUCCAGAGGAUCGAGACUAUCAAAGGAUAGUUUGGCGUCCAUCAUUCAACGAUGAUCUCAAAAUUUAUCGACUCAACACCGUCACAUAUGGCGAAGGCUGCGCCCCUUUUCAAGCCAACGCUUGCAUGCUCCAGCUUGCUGACGACGGAGAGUCUCAAUACCCCAAAGCUGCUGAAGCCUUACGUCAAAAUAGGUACGCCGAUGACUUUUACAUUGGAGAAGACACUGUAGAAGGUGCCUGUGAAUCACGUAAGCAAUUGGUUCAAUUACUUUCUUCUGCUGGCAUGGAAGUCGGUAAGUGGGCUUCCAACCGCGUCGAAGUUCUUCGAAGUGUAAAGUCUCCUGAGCCAAACCUUGCUAUUAACGUUCUUCAGGAGCAAGAAGUCGUAUCGACUCUUGGGCUCAGGUGGCUACCUUCUGAAGAUGCUUUUAAUUUUAAAGUUUCAACUUCUUCUUUGCCAAAAGUCAUCACAAAACGAUUUCUUCUCUCGGAAAUUUCUAAAUUAUUAAUUGGCUACUUAAGUCCUGUAGUUACGAGAGGAAAAAUCUUACUUCAAAAUCUUUGGCUUAAAAAACUUGGAUGGGACAAUCCUGUUCCUCCCGAAAUUCAGGAAGCCUGGACAAUCUUUCACAAAGAACUGUUGGAUUUAGAGAAAAUAAAAAUUCCAAGAUGGCUUGGAACUAAUUCAUUUUCGGGGUGGGACCUACACUGCUUCUGCGAUGCAUCUAAACGUGCUUACGCAGCUGCUAUUUAUGUCGUCACACCAUCAGGGCAGACGUUUAGUUCAAAGCUGUUGGUUUCAAAAUCGAAAGUUGCACCAAUAAAGGUGAUUAGUAUACCAAAGCUUGAACUUUGCGCCGCUGCUCUGCUCGUAAAGUUUCUCUUAUACAUUUUAAAGCAUCUAAAGCGAAAUCCAUUUCGAAUUUUCUGCUGGAGCGAUUCUAAAGUAGUUCUUGCCUGGCUACUAUCACAUCCAUCACGAUGGAAAACUUUCAUUGCAAACAGAGUAAGUUUCAUCACCUCUUCUCUGCCAGCCGAUACUCAAUGGGGUUACGUAUCUACUUUAGAAAACCCAGCUGACCUACCUACGCGAGGUCUAAAACCAUCUGAACUUAAAGACUCUUUCUUGUGGUGGCACGGUCCAACGUGGCUUACAAAACCUUCUUCUGAAUGGCCAAAAACCACAGAACAAUUUACGACUCAGGAGGAAAGUUCUCCAGAUGAGUCACAUGUUUUUGUGUCACAAGAAUCAGAUCUUAUGGCUUGGACUGAAAAGUUUUCGUCAAUUGACAAACUGGUGCGUAUUCUGUCAUACAUUCAUCGCUGGCGAGCAAAUUCUAAAUUAGAGCGAUCCAAACGACGAGUUGGAGGUGUCUGCGCUUCAGAACUUAAGGUUGGACUUACUUAUUUAAUGAAAAUUCCGCAAAAGGCCUUCUUCUCGGCCGAACUUCAAAGUCUAAAACAAGGUCAAAAAAUUGCACCUGAUAGUAUCAUUCUUAGAUUGUCGCCAGAGUUAAAAAGUGAUGGUCUGUUGCAUGUUGGAGGUCGACUUCAAAAUUCCUAUCUCACUGAUGAGGAAAAACACCCAAUAAUAUUGCCAACAAACAACCAUAUCGCAAAACUUCUUGUUGCUCAAGCUCAUAAAAAGACUCUUCAUGGCGGUCCGACAGUCAUCCAAAGUCAUCUUAAUCGAAAGUUCUGGCUAGUCACAGGUCGCAAUUUUAUUCGAAAAGUUGUCCAUGAUUGCGUCAAAUGUGCUCGGUAUGGUGGAGCGGUAAUUCAACAGCAAAUGGCCCCUUUGCCUGCUAUGCAGCAACGUUCUAAGUGGCUGUACCCGAACGUAGUUCACAAGGUUGGCGACCUUGUCUUGUUCAAGGACGACCAGCUUCCGCCAUCAAAAUGGCCACUUGCUCGCAUCGUUCGACUGCACCUGGGGAAAGACGGUCUCAGUCGUGUAGCCGUGAUCAAAACUGCCACCAAAGAAUACACCAGGGCACUCAACAGCUUGGUGCGUCUGCCUAUCAACACCGAGGUCCAAGAAAACUUGCCACCCCCGGCUUGA